AUGGAUACUUCAACAAGGAAAAACACCUAUACCUUCCGCUUCAAGAUUCCUGACAUCAGUUCAUUAAAGGUCUUUUGCUCAAAGGUCGUAGCUCUCAAAGACAACAAGUUUAGAGCCAAUUUUAGGAACAUCAUAGAUCUUCUAACCGAGAAGGUUGCUUAUGGUGCUAUCACUACAAUGGCCCAAUACUAUGACAUCCCUUUAAGAUGCUACACUUUCCCCGACUUACAAAUCUCUCCAAUCUUGGAAUACCUAGAGAGACUCCUCAAUCGAUCAAUCAAAGAAUACAACCCAUUACUGAAGUUGGAAGAAGGUUACUGCUUGACGGAGCUCUCGCUCACCUUGGGUAUCAACGCCAACAAGCUAGUGGCCAAUUGGGGCAUUAAAGGAUCUAUCAAAGGUUUAACCCAAAAGUUCCUCGAAUCCCAUGCUUGGGAAAUGAUUAAAGAAGGAAGACCUAACUUCUGUAGUGCAACUUUGGCACUUUUGAUUCAUGGAAUUAUCCUCUUCCCAAAUAUGGAUAAGUUCAUGGAUCACUUGGCAGUUGAAGUCUUUCUAACAAAGAAUAUGGUGUCUUUUCUACUUGUCGACUUCUACCAUACCUUUCAUACAAGGCAUGAAAAGAAAAGAGGUACUUUCCUCUAUUGUGCUCCUUUGUUACAUCUACGGAUGAGGCCCCGCAUGCCUCAAAGUGGACCUUUUGCUCAAAGCAAUUUGACAUGGCCUCAUAAGUUUGCAUCCCUCUCCGCCAACUCAAUUUUAUGGUACAAGAUAGAAUGGGAUAUGAAAGACGUCAUUACAAGAUGUGGAAAGUUCCCUAACAUACCCUUAAUAGGAACACAAUGUUCCAUCAACUAUAACCCUGCUAUACUCAAAAGAUAA